AAACAACCUCAAAACAGGACACGCAGACAAGAACAGCAGGCAACAGCAAGCAGCACAGCGCCUAACCCAAGAAGAUGUGCGAUGCCCUGAAGAACAGCUACCACCUCCUGGAGGAGCUCGGCCGCGGCCGCUUCGGCACCAUCUACCGCUGCUUCUCCCCGGCCAAGAACGCCUUCUUCGCAUGCAAGGUCAUCGACAAGUCCCUCCUCUCCGACGACCCCGCCGACCGCGCCUGCCUCGAGCACGAGCCCAAGAUCAUGUCCCUCCUCUCCCCGCACCCCCACGUCGUCUCCAUCGUCGACGCCUUCGACUCCCCCUCCUCCCUCUCCCUCGUCAUGGAGCUCUGCGACCGCCGCACCCUCUUCGACGUCGUCGCCCACCGCGGAUCCCUCCCCGAGGCCGAGGCCUGCCGCCUCGUCGGCCAGCUCCUCUCCGCCGUCGCGCACUGCCACCGCCUCCGGGUCGUCCACCGCGACGUCAAGCCCGAGAACGUCCUGCUCGACCCCCGCGGCGGCGGCCUGAAGCUCGCCGACUUCGGGUCGGCGGUCUGGCUCGGCGGCGAGGGGAGGGCCGCGACGGCGGAGGGCGUCGUGGGGACGCCGUACUACGUCGCGCCGGAGGUGCUGCUGGGGAGGGAGUACAACGACAAGGUGGACGUGUGGAGCGUCGGGGUGAUCCUGUACAUCAUGGUGUCCGGGGUGCCUCCGUUCUACGGGGACUCGGUGGAGGAGAUCUUCGAGAAGGUGGUGCGGGGGAAUUUGAGGUUCCCGACGAAGCAUUUCAGAGGGGUGUCCGCGGAUGUUAAGGAUCUGCUCAGGAAGAUGAUAUGCCGGGACGUUAACCGGCGGUUCUCUGCAGAGCAGGCUUUGAGGCAUCCAUGGAUUCUGAAUGGAGGCGAGACAAACUCACUGCCUGAUCUGACCUGAAUAAUGGGAAGACCCCCCCGCCCCCUCCUCUCCCGAAUCGAAUCCAAAA